CGAAUCCAAAAUUCAUCAUUCCCCAUUUCCCCUUCUCCAUUCUCUCGAUUUCUUCAUUCUUGAUUCGUUGGUUUUGUGUACAAAAAAGUAGACCACUCUGGUUAUGCGCGCUGACGGCCGACGGGGAUUCGAGAGCCCGAGCUCCUCCGCCGCUCUCGCUCUCCCUCGCUACCGAUUCCUCCGAUACCGCCGCCUGAGGUGAGACAGUCUGUUUUGCUCUGUUGUGAUUAUCUGCUAUGCCGUCAACGGGGAAGAGCAACCGGAGAGGACUAAUGGACCCGACGGAGAAGGCUAACAGCCGCAAGAACCGGCUGACGGAGCGCGCGGUGUCGUUUCAGGGCGGGAAAAUAGCGGAGCAGAUGGCGCCGACUCUGCCGGCCGAGCCGAGGAUGCAGAGGCCGAAGACCUUGCCGAACUUGCUCGCCGGACGAAGCUCGACGACGGCGUCGUCGAGCGUCGAGAUCCGGCCGCUCAAGCUGACGAAGCUGCUUCUCAACGUAACGGUGCAAGGCAGCGUCGGGGCCGUGCAGGUGCUGAUUUCGCCGGAAUCGACGGUGGGAGAUUUGAUCGCCGCCGUAAUCCGGCAGUACAACAAGGAAGGACGACGGCCGGUUGUCGCGGCGGAUCCCUCCCGAUUCGGUCUCCACUACUCGCAGUUCAGCUUAGAAAGUCUGGAAAGGGCAGAUAAGCUUCAAGAGUUGGGGUCGAGGAAUUUCUUCAUGUGCCAGAGAAAAGCGGCGACCGAAUUCAGUAGCGGUGGCGUUAUAUCGCCGACUCCGCCGCCGUGCUCGUCGUCUUCCUCCUGUUCCAACGAAGUCGAGAAGGCAACGAGGAGUGGGUUUCCGUGGCUGAAAUUCAUCGACUUCCGACAGUAAUCCCUUGGCGGCGCGGCCGGUGGCAGUGACCGGUUAGAUUGAUUGAAUUAUAAUCGAUUAUGUGAUUAGACGGAUGAUUAAGACGGUGGCAGGUUGUGAUUACGCGGGAAUGUGGGCAGGGGAGUUGAACCUGGGGAAUGGAUGGGAUUGGAGUGAAAUUAUUAGGUAUUCGGUUAGGUCAAUUUCGGGUCGGGAGACAAAUAUUCUCUCCCGCCAUGGAUGGGAAAAUUGGAGAUUGUAAUUAAAUCAUAAGUUGCCAAUGCCCAUUCAAGGUAUUUUUUUUUAGUGGAUACAGAUAGAGGGUUCACUCAACGAGCCACAUCGACUAGCAAGAUUGACGUUGGAUCGUGAAAUAUGCAAUCAAACGAUGGAUAUUGACGAUGAUUUAUUUUUAUCUUCAUUCUGUAUUUCUUGUUUAAUUCUCAUUUCGGAGGGUAGUAUUUACCGUUACUGCAUUUGAUAAUAGAGGAUAGAGCCAUGGAAACUUUUUCUUUUUAAACAAUCUUGGCUGGCAUUCCAUCGAUCUAUCUUGCGGUAGCGUGUAAGAGCAUGACAAGGUAGUUAAGAUGAGGAUUAAUUAAUUAAUUAAGAUAAAGCCAAAUUAACCAGAAUACGCUAAUUAUUAAGGUUUCCCGACUAACUAAUUGACCGCUAGUAAGUAUGUAGGUACGUAGUUUGUGGAUUUGGUUUACGGAAAUAACAUAACUUCCAGCUACUAAACGUAUCCUCUCCUCCUCUAUUUCCAUAUAAUUAAAAAGUUAAUCAAAUACUAAACGUAUA